UGAUCUUGACCGCCUUACUUCCUUAAAGUGUAAACAUUGGAGCUAGCAGACGAGUGAGAACUCACACAGUAGGUCAUGAAGGAAGAAACACGCCUAGAGCAGUGUGUCUGAAGCUGGAAAAAUUGCCCGUCUGAAGCAGCUUUAAACUGGAACUGUUUGCGUUGUGGGAAUGGGUUCCCUUCCUCGGUAUUCCAAAUGGAGAAUAAAGGGAGCGACGAGGUGGAAAAACUGAAGACUAAGUUCUGUUCAGUGUGGAACAAUGUGAAGUACAGUUGGGCUCUGAAAUCAAAGACUUUAUUCAGUAGAAAUUCUCCGGUGCUGCUACUUGGAAGGUGCUACCACUUUAAGGCUGACGAUGAUGGCAGUGCAGAUGAAGCUAGUUGCAGAGAACCAGAGGAAGGCUUCAGCAUGGGGAAUGUGGAGGCUUUCCGGAAAGACUUCACCUCGCGUGUGUGGCUGACCUACAGGGAAGAGUUCCCCCCGCUGCCGGGCAGCACUCUGACCACUGACUGUGGGUGGGGCUGUUUGCUGAGGGCCGGUCAGAUGAUGCUGGCUCAGGCUCUUGUUCUGCACUUCCUAGGCAGAGACUGGACCUGGUCCGAGGCGCUGACUCUUCAGCCUUUAGACACAGAGACGUGGACGGCCUCCGCCGCCAAGCGCCUCGUCGCCUCUCUGGAGGCUUCACUGCAGGGCUCCCCUAAAAACUCUGACAGGCAACAUUCUGAGCCCCAAAGUUCGUCCCAGGGUUCUGCAGAAGAGGCAGAAGCACAUUUAAAGGAGAUGUACCACCGCACAAUAAUCUCCUGGUUCGGGGACACUUCUUCAGCUCUUCUGGGUCUGCACAGGCUUGUCCGCUUAGGCCUGACGAUGGGAAAAAAUGCAGGGAACUGGUAUGGACCAGCUGUGGUGGCACACAUCCUCAAAAAAGCUGUGGAGGAAGCCAUGGAUUCUGGCUUGGCGGGUAUAACUGCCUAUGUCUCCCAGGACUGCACAGUGUACAGCGCUGAUGUCGCCGACUGUCACAAGCCGCCGAGUGCCAGGCAGGCGUCUGUGAGUCCUCCUAUAGCGGGAGGAGGCCCUUCUAAAGAAGACCAACCAGGAUCUGCUUCCAUCUUGCCAGACAGUCAAGCCGUAAUCAUCCUCAUCCCUGUAAGGCUGGGAGGAGAGAAGAUAAACCCAGAGUAUUUUGAAUUUGUAAAGAACAUAUUGAGUGUGGAGUACUGCAUAGGCAUCAUUGGAGGAAAGCCCAAGCAGGCUUGCUACUUUGUGGGAUUUCAAGAUGACAGCUUGAUUUACAUGGAUCCUCAUUACUGUCAGUCUUUUGUGGAUGUCAGCAACGGCGAUUUCCCUCUCCAGUCAUUUCAUUGCCCCUCACCAAAAAAGAUUCCAUUCACCAGGAUGGACCCAAGCUGCACGAUUGGCUUCUAUUCCAGAAGUCUUCAAGACUAUGACAGAAUCAGGGAAGAGCUGUCCAAGCUGCUGCAGCCAUCGACAAAGGAGAAAUAUCCGGCUUUCACUUUCGUGCAAGGUCACGGCAGAGACUAUGAUCUGUCAGCAGGCCUGACCCCGGAGAAACUAGAAUGGCCUUUCAUCCGCAGCCCGCCGAGAACGGUCACCACGGCCGGAGACUUUGUGCUGCUUUAGCUGCCAAAUGGAAAAGACUAUGAGUCAAAACACUUGUAUUCCAAGGAUUCACGCAUGAAAACCCUAACGUACACUUUAUAAAAACUUUAAUGCACAGUUUUACACUAUGCACAAAAGUGCCACUUACUGCCAAGACGUUUGUGAAUGACACGCAAGAAGACGUUCUGGUGCUAUACUUAAUCUAACAAUCUAGCAUUUUUGAAAUAUUAGCACGAACAAUAAUUUGGUCCUUUGUUUUUGAUCCUUAUUUUAGGUAGGUUUUCCAUAGAGGCCAUAAAGAUGACUUUUGUAACAUGUACUAUUGUUAAGUUUUGGAACAUUUUCUAACAUAAAUUUCAUUAGGUUUCAAGCUUUCUGAAAGACUGAACAAAACAAAGAGAAUAUAAAAGAUAAAAGGUUGAUUUAUAAAAUUAUACACUUUGUUUAAACAUUGGAUGCUUUUCAUGUUUGAUUAAUGGGUGUUAGUUUCAGUACAAGAUGCAAGGUGUUUAGCACUAAAAACACGAUUUUAAAAAAUUGCUACUAUUGGGAAAGAAACUGCCUGCCAUUUUUUUCACGUUGAUUUUUAUUUUUUAAAGUUGAACUUUGUUUGAAGUUUAACCGCUCUCAUCCUGGAGCUGCUGAUUUUUUUUUUUGGAUUUUUUUUUUUUGGAAAGAAUAUUUGAUCCCGCCUGAUUAAUUCUGAUGUUUAAAGAGAUUUUACAAAUGACACCAAUCAUUUCUUUUUUGUAUUCUAGAGUUAUUUGUUUCAUACACUGCACAGUUUUGUUUGUCUAGGUGGAGUAGAUUUCUGUAUGAAGGUGACCUGUUAAAGCAAAAGUUAGAAAUGGAAAGUUAUGGAAUUAAAACAAAAAUGGGGCAUCUUUCACAUAAUUAAGAUUCUUUUUGUUCUAUAUGGAGUUUUCAAGAAUUUCUUUUUUUUCUGUAUACUUGGUAAUUCUGACAAUUUCAUGCAGCUUUUUUUGACAUUUCAUGUUAUGUCUAUUCUUCCAUUUCUUGGUUUUUUAUAACUUAUUCUCAAUCAGAGACUGCACAAUCCAUAACAGCAAUAAACCUCUGGUAAAUAAGUACACCAGAGAAAGGAUGCUUUCGUGCUGCAAACCUCAUUCAAGCUCUGUUUUUGGUCUCACUUUUUCUCUGAAUUGUUCUCAUGUACUUUUGCACUGUGCAACACCUGCAGGGCUUGUGUGUUUGUAGAAAUAAAUUUGCCAAAUGUUUUGAAAUGCCUUAGCAGUAAAGCCUAUUAAAAGCCAUAGUGUCUCAUUGUU